AUGUCCACGUCCAACGACUUGGAGAAACUGAAGAGUUUGCGAGCAAACGUCAACUGGGAGAUCGAGAAGAAGCGAGUCGAGCUUCUGCCCAAACUCGUCAAAUUAUUCGGCAACUGGACGGGCCGACUUCCGAAUCUCCGCGACGUAUUUCGGCCCGCAGAAAUCGACUGGCUGCUCUCCAGGGUCUUCGCGAAGAAAAAAAUCGGCACGGAAAAUUAUCAAGGCGAACGAUUCGUCGACUUUGUCAUCAGGACCGGCUACAAGGACGAUCAGCCCGAGACAUCGGCGCGUCGCACCACACCGCUGCAUCACGCGGCCAAACGCAUCCACGACCGCGAGAACAAGAAUCGGGCGAUCGGUCGGCUCUUCGAGAUAUACGACAGGUUGGACGUGAACUACGUCGACGAGGCCGGAUCGACGCAUUUCCACGUGGCCUGCAUGGCUGGCUGUCGAGAGGUCGUCGAGAAAUUUCUUGAGCAGGGCCGGGUCGAUCCCGAUGGCGUCUUGCCGAAAACGGGCGAGUCUGCGCUGCACCUGGCUCUGACCAACGAACGCCGGGAGAUCGUCGAGUCGUUGCUGAAAGCAGGUGCCGAUCCGAAUCUCGCCGACAAGGACGGCACGACUCCUCUGCACAUCAUCGGCAAGAGAUGCACCGACGACGACGACGACUUGGUGGAUAAAUUCUUCGAAAUAAGCGAAGAAAAAAAUCGUCCGGUAAGGGUCGACGCCAAGGACGAGUCGGGCAAUACGCCGCUGCUCUUGGCUCUCUACCACGGCAACAAGAGGGUGGCUCGUACACUGCUGAGCCGAGGUGCCGAUCCGGAUCUGGCCGGUGCCGGCGGAUUGACACCUCUGCACGUCAUCGGCAAGAGGCGACGCGACGUCGACGGCUUGGCCGAGCUGUUCUUGGAGGUACUCGACGAGGUGCGGAAGACGGUGCGGAUCGACGCUCGGGACGAUUGGGGCUGGACACCUUUGCACUGGACCAUGCGAUUCGGCAACAAGGACGGGGCCUCGUUGCUGCUGAGGAGAGGCGCCGAUGUAAAUUUGGCCAAUAACGAGGGAUCGACUCCUCUGCACAUUUCGAGCAAGGGAUACGGACGUUUCGACACGACGAAGAUGUUACUCGACAACGAGGAGUGUAAAGUCGAUGUCCGGGACAAGUGGGGCAACACAGCGCUGCACUUGGCUCUGGGCCACAGUCAAACGAGGGUAGCGAAGUCGCUGCUGAGGAGAGACGCCGAUCCGAACGCAGCCAACGAGGAGGGCGAGACUCCUCUGCACGUCGUUUGCGCGAUGUAUCGAUCCAACGAUCUGCUGGAGAUGUUCUUCGAGGUCAACGACGAUAUUCGAAAGAUAGUGCGGGUGGAUGCCAAGGAUAAGAAGGGAAAUACGCCGUUGCACUUGGCUCUGCGUUUGAACAACAAGAAGAUGGCCGAGUGUCUGGUAAAAAGAGGAGCUGAUAUUAAUUUAGCCAACGAGGAAGGAUCGACGCCCAUGCACGUCAUUGCCAAGAGAGACAAGGACGACGGCUGGAUCGAGCUAUUUUUCGGGAUCGUCGACGACGUUCGGAAGAUGGUGCGGGUCGAUGUCCAGGAUAAGUCAGGCCGGACGCCGCUGCAGUGGGCCGUGGCGAAUCUCAAGCCGAACGCGAUCGACGUGCUCCUGAAUCGUGGCGCCGCCGAUCUGUCCAACUUCGUUUUCCCCACCGUGAGUCACUUCGACGAGUGUCUGAAGUCGCACAGAAUCAAAGACGUUCGGUUCAAAUCGAGGCUACCGUCCAUCGCCCUGGACGUCGUCGAUCGUCUCGAAAAAAGAGGAUACGAACCGAGCCGAAGCGACGCCUCGACGAUAGUGAAAUUAUUCGUAAAGUACGAAUUUUUCGAGGAGCCGACGAUGGAUCUCGAUGAGAAGUUUGCGCAGGAAGCGAAGAAAACGACGAUAGAUUCGGGUCGGUCGCUCUACGAUCUGAUCCAGUCGCGAGCCGAAGAGGCGGAAAAAUUGUUCACCGACGAGGACUACACCGAGUUGAAGCGCUCGAAGAAAUUGAGUCGGAUCAAGCUGAGGCUUUAUCGAGCUUCUUGGACGCGUCUGCGAGGGUUACUGGCGAGAGCAUUUUUCCAACAAAGUUCGUGA